GCGAGGCUGCGAGGCGGAGGAGCGGAGCGGAGCGGAGCGGAGAGCCGCGGAGCUGGUCCCUGAACCCGGGGAGGAGCGGCGGAGCGAGGCGGCACCGAGCGGCCCGGAGCACCACGGUCUCUGCGGGCCCGCGGCCCCACCGGCGGACCGGCGGCGGCGGCAAGCCUCCGAGAUGCUCCGAGCUGCCCGCGGCUGCACAACGACACGGACCCCGGCCCCGGUCCCGGCCCCGGCCCCGGCCCCGGCCCCGGGACGCAGCCGCGAUGUUUUUCAGACGCAGAGCCAGGAUGCUGCGCUGGCUGGUGUGCGGUCGCCUGGGCCCGGUGUGGAUGUGGAAAGCCCUGCUGCUCUUCGUGGCCAUCGCCUUCGCCGGACAGCUGCUGGGCGUCAUCUUCAACAAGAGCAGCGUCCCGCCGGCGCCCCGGUCCGUCUUCUCGUCCCCUGACGCCCAGGGCCCCCCGCUGGGCGCGUGCCGGCCGCACACCCACAUCAUGUUCCUGAAGACGCACAAGACGGCCAGCAGCACGGUGCUCAACCUGCUGUACCGCUUCGGCGAGGAGCGGCGGCUGCGCUUCGCCCUGCCGCCGGGCUACCAGCUGGGCUACCCGCUGCCCUUCAACGCCCACCGCGUCAAGGGCUACCGCGGGCCGCGCGCCGUGGAAUUCCACAUCCUGGGCAACCACAUGAGGUUCAACAAGCUGGAGGUGGAGAAGGUGAUGCCUGCGGAUACCUUCUACUUCUCCAUCAUCCGGGACCCGGUGGCUCUGGCUGAAUCCUCCUUUGCGUAUUAUAAAGAGGUGGCCCCCGCCUUCCGGAAGGCCAAGGGUCUGGGCGACUUCGCCGAGGACCCCCACAAGUACUACGACCCCCGUCUGCGCAACAACCACUACGCCCGCAACCUGCUGUGGUUCGACUUCGGCUUGGACCACAACGCCAACUUCUCGGCGGCGCUGGCUCAGCGCGGCGAGGCCAUGAUCCGGCAGACCUUCAAGCUCAUCCUGGUGUCCGAGUACUUCGACGAGUCCAUGAUCCUGCUGAGGCACGCCCUCUGCUGGCCGCUGGACGCCGUGGUGUCCUUCAGCCUCAACGCGCGGCAGCAGAAGCCCGGCGGCCUCGGGGCCAUCGGGGGCAGCUGGGUGGACAAGGCGGCCGCUGUGGCAGGGGUUGGCGUCAGGGCCGGCCGCCAGGCCAAGGCGCCGCCGGACCUGUCCCUGACGGCGGACCAGCGCGAGAAGCUGCGGCAGUGGAACGCCUUGGACUGGCACAUUUACAAAGCCUUCAACCGCACCUUCUGGAAGGAGGUGGACCGCUUCGGCCACGCCCAGAUGGCGCGGGAAGUGGCCCUCCUCAGGCUGCGGCGGGACGACCUCGCUCGCGCCUGUCUCAGGGACGGUGGCAAGCCAGUGGAGGCGCACCGGAUCCGGGACAAGACCAUCAGGCCCUUCCAGAGCGGGCUGGUGAAAAUCCUGGGCUACGAGCUCCACCCGGGGCUGGACAACGCCACCAGGGCCGCCUGCCUGAGGAUGAUCCGGCCCGAAAUCCAAUACAAGGACGUGUUGGAUAGUAAACAGUUCCCCCGGGCUCAGUCCGUCCAGGGCCAGGCCCCGCCCGGCCCGCAGAGCCAGGGCCCGGCGGGGGUGGGGGGGGCCCCCUUCUUCAGACAGGGUCCAUCCAGGACAGGAGACAAGGCGGUGGGCAGGACUGUGGAGGAGGGGGACAGGGACAGGGACUGGGACGGCAGCCGCCUGAUGAGGAGCAACCAGACUUUGGUCCGAGCGCAGGAAGCAGGCAGGCUGAGGUAGUCGGACCUGGUUUCACCCCGACGCACCCCAGGGUUCAGCGCUGGGCCCACUUUAGUUUACAUGUGAGGAAAGUCAAAGCCCCCGUUUGCACUGUUGUCCUCAGCACUCCUGCUUUGUCUCAGUGUUUCUGAGGUGUCCUCUGCGACGGCCUCCCGUCCCCAGGCCCGUUUACACGAACGCGUCUUCAAGAGAAACCGCAGAAGGCUUUCACCUGCCGACAUACGUGACCGUGACACCUUCUUAAAGGGGCUGUAUCAUGCAAAAUUCACUUUUUGUAUGUUUUAACCUUGUUAUAUAGUUAUGUACUCACCAAAAACACCUCCAAAGCGUUUUUUUCCUUUGUGCCUGUGCGUUU